AUGGUUGUCGAGCCCAUUCAAGAUCCCUGUCGGGUGAUAGCCGUCGGAUCCGAGAUUAAGGAGGAAGGGCUGUAUCAACAGUACGCCAUGUUAGAGGGCGUCGAGGCACUGACCCUUGCCGUCUUCACGCGUUGUUUGGGCUGGGAGCCAGAACGGGUCCAAGUGUUCCUUGCUGAUGUGAGGAAACGGUAUACUUACUGGCCAUGCGCCGUCAUCUAUGGCAAGAAGCCUGAAGCCGUAUACUCACAAUGA